UUAUACACCCAUGACAUCUCCAACUAUCUCAACCACCAAUUUCUAGCUCCCUACACAACCAAAGCAAAACCAUGGCGGUUCGCGCCAUGAACAGCUGCGUAAUUUUCCGUUCCGCCGCAACGCCGCCGCUCGCCGUAUCCCGCCGAUGCUGCUGUCUCCGUCUAUUAACAGCCUCUUCUCGACAUAGAAACCGUUUGAAUUCACAUUCAUUUCUCCGUUGUGCGCCUUAUCCUCUCAGCCAUGUCACCGUUCGUAGCUAUUCAGUUCAAAACCUCGUCGAAAUGGUUAUGGAAGAGCUUGCUUCUAUACACAAACGUGGCAGAGUUCGUGCUACUAGCAAGCUGGAAUUAGUAAGCACAGGAGAGCUGCUUGAGGACAAGUUGAAGAAAGGGACACUACAAAAAGGAUUAUUGCUGGAGUUCAAGAAGGAUUCUGAAAGGUUGUUGCUAGCAGUUGCUCUUAAACCUGACGGAAAAAAGAAUUGGAUGGUCUCUGAUCAGAAUGGGAUUACAACCUCCAUUAAGCCACAGCAAGUGACUUUUAUUGUUCCUGGUGCUGAAAAUUUUGAGCCCACAGAAAUAUCAGAAUUUGUACAGAAAGCUCAUGAUAACUUGGAUCCAGCACUGCUUGAAUUUGCAUGGAAUGAGCUUCUUGAGAAAAAUAAAUCAGUAACAGUUCAAGAACUAGCUGAGAUGAUAUUUGGUAGUGCGGAGCCUCUUGAGACCUAUUGCGCCCACCUGCUGUUAUCAAGAGAUGAGGUGUACUUCGCAGUUCUGGAGUCAAAAGGUCUUUCUGUAUAUGGACCUCGGACUGCUAACCAGGUGGAUGAACUUUUGCGAAGGAAGCUUGCUAAAGAGGCCUCAGAGAAGGAGUUUGAGGAACUAAUACAGCUUCUGCGAUCUGCUAAACAAAUGCCUCCUCAAGACAAACCCCCAAGAUCUUCUUGGAAGGCUGAAGAGAAAACUUGGCACAAGAUAGAGUCUCUUGAAGCUUUUGCCAUUGAUUCUUGCAAAAAGGACGAUCAAAAGAAAACAGCUGGGAUGAUUUUGAAGGCCAUGGGACAGGCAAAGACUUCAUCUGCAGCAGUGAAUCUCCUCAUAGAUAUUGGGUAUUUUCCUGUACAUGUAAAUCUUGAUUUGUUAAAGUUGAACCUCCCUACUGAUCAUCGGGAUGAGAUUCUGUCGGCCGCAGAGAGUCUUUUGUCUGCAUCGACUGACCUUGAUGAGGCUGAUAGAAUAGACCUGACUCCCUUGAAGGUUUACGCGAUUGAUGUUGAUGAGGCUGAUGAGCUUGAUGACGCAUUGAGUGCAACAAGGUUGCAGGACGGCCGGAUUAAAAUUUGGAUACAUAUUGCAGAUCCUACUAGUUUAGUUCAGCCAGGAAGCAUAAUAGACAAGGAUGCAAGAAGAAGAGGAACUUCAAUAUUCUUGCCUACUGCAACAUAUCCAAUGUUCCCUGAAAGGUUGGCCAUGGAAGGCAUGAGUCUGCAGCAAGGAAAGCUGUGUAAUGCUGUUUCUGUGUCUGUUGUGCUGCGUUCUGAUGGCAGCAUUGCAGAAUACUCGGUGGAAAACUCAAUCAUCAAACCGACAUAUAUGUUGACAUAUGAGAGUGCAACGGAGCUCCUUCAUUUGAAUCUUGAAGAAGAGAUUGAACUGAAAAUUCUUUCUGAAGCAGCUGCACUCCGGUUAAGAUGGCGUCGAGAACAGGGUGCUAUAGACACAGCCACCAUAGAAACCCGAAUUAAGGUGACUAAUCCAGAUCAUCCAGAGCCGUCAAUCAAGCUGUAUGUUGAAAACCAGGCUGAUGCAGCUAUGAGGCUUGUUUCUGAGAUGAUGAUACUCUGUGGGGAAGUUAUAGCCACUUUUGGUUCUCAUAACAACAUCCCUUUACCAUACCGAGGACAGCCUCAAUCUAAUAUCGACGCUUCUGCAUUUGCACACCUUCCAGAAGGACCCGUUAGGAGUGCUGCUAUUGUUCGAACUAUGCGUGCAGCUGAAAUGGAUUUCAGGAAUCCUAUACGCCAUGGGGUGUUGGGACUUCCAGGCUAUGUUCAGUUUACCUCCCCUAUUCGAAGAUAUAUGGAUCUCGCAGCCCAUUAUCAGGUAAAAGCCUUUCUUAGUGGUGAUCCUCUUCCUCUCUCAGCUGGGGAGCUAGAAGGCAUAGCGUCUUCAGUAAACAUGACAACCAGAGUUGUAAGGAGGCUCUCCAGCAGCAGUCUUCGUUAUUGGAUAUUGGAAUACUUGAGAAGGCAGCCGAAAGGGAAACGGUAUCAUGCCCUGGUCCUUAGAUUCAUCAAAGACCGAAUAGCCACAAUACUGUUGACGGAGAUUGGAAUUCAAGCUUCUUCGUGGGUGUCUAUUGGUGUACAAAUUGGUGAUGAAGUAGAUGUGCAAGUUGAAGAAGCUCAUCCACGUGAUGAUAUUCUCUCUCUUAAGGAGGUUGAGGCUGUAUAGGAUAUUUGUUCGUGGAGACCAGAAAGCUUAUGAUGGAAACAAGUGUUCCUAACAUUUUGUUGCAACACUUAACGGAAUAGUUCCUCGUGCAUGUGUUUAGAUGACUUUUCUCUAGUGAGGGACUCAGGAAGCUCCUAUAAUGAUUCUCACCUCAAUGACAAGUUGAUAGUUUAUAUACA